AUGACUUCCUACGUUAUUUCAUCGCGAGCCUACUUCAAGAUAUUCUUUCAUGCCGCCAAGCACCCGCAUAGACCCAUUAAUGGCGUCCUGGUUGGCGAGGGGGAAGCAGGGAUCGUAACAAUCGUCGAUAUCAUCCCUCUUCUGCACCACUGGACAAGUCUAAGUCCUAUGAUGGAGAUUGGCCUGGAUUUGGCGGGAAGGACUGCAGAGUCCAUGCAUAUGAAGCUGGUUGGGUACUACCAAGCAUCCGAACGGAUAGACGAUACCGCUUUGGCCCCAGUCGGUGAAAAGAUUGCUUCAAAAGUGAAGGAAGGAUUCAGCGCGGCUAUUGCCUUCGUGAUCGACGGCGACAGGUUGGGUACAGACGAUGCUGGCCUCGUCCCGUACGUCUCGCAAGGAUCAUCUUGGCGAUGUUACACCACGACGCCUCCGGAUUUCACGCCCGGCUCUCCCUUUCAGCUAGCUUCAGCGGACUUGCCUGCAAGAGCACUCAGGCUGGUCCAGGAAAGAUGCUUGCAUCAAAAGUUUGGCGAUUUUGAUGACCAUCUUGAGGACGUAACCAUAGAUUGGCUAAAAAACAAGGAUUGCCUACCUCUAGAUGUUUUGUAG